AGGGAGCGACCGAAGAGGAAGAAGGGCCGGACGUGGGCGGAAGCCGCUAAAACGGUGUUGGAGAAAUACCCAAACACGCCCAUGAGCCAUAAAGAGAUCCUGCAGGUGAUCCAGAGAGAAAGACUUAAAGAAAUAAGCGCAGUGAUUCGUUGGACAGAUGUGUGAUUUGCAUUUUUCUCCCAUGAUCCAGUGGAACUUCACCGCUGGCAUGUCUGAAUGCGAUGCUGCACACAAACUCUCGUGGCGAGGAGGGGAUUUUCUACAAAGUUCCAGGCAGAAUGGGAGUCUACACGUUAAAGAAGGACAUCUCAGACGUGGUGAAGGAGCUGUCUGAGGAGAGCUCCGACGAGAGCAGCGACAACCUGUCAGACUCCAGAAGCUCAGAAAACAACAGCAUCUCCCAGGAGGGCAGGAGAGGACGCUGGAUGCGCAGAGGUACUGUGCACCGGUUACAGGAUCAUUACUUACACAUUGUACAUCACUGCAUCAGUUAAGUUAAUUUUAUUUUGGCACAGUUAAUUAAACAUCUCUUAAACCUGAUACUUGUUAGCAUAGUCUGGAAAAAGUUUAUUGUUUAAGGAAAAUACAAAAAAAAAAGAAAGAAAGAUAUCUCCUUCUCAUCACCUUGAUCGAUUAUAACAUAUUAACGAAGGCGUAGAGCUCUGUCUGUGGAUAUAUUUUUACUGAUUGCUUUCUGAGCUGUAUCAUGGCAGUAAGAGUUGACGCCCCGUCUCAGCAGCUGUUUAAAACUCAUCGCGGAAACACAGGAAACCAGCUGAAGCAGCAGUAGACGAGGCAAGUUGAGGGAAAGUGGCUUCACCACUUCAGAAAACAUAAAUGACACCAUCUCAUCCACCAAUAUUUCCCUGGAAUAUACUCAGAGCAUCAAACAUGAUGAUGGCAGAAGGUGGGUUUUGUCUUUAGAGAAACAAGCUGUGUCCGUUAUGUUUUCUGUCAGCAGAGAAGCUUCAGGCCGAACACCAUCAUCUCAUCGCAGCAGUCUUUCUCUCCGGGAGUCAAAUCCAAGCUCGGUUGUGAAUCGCGCACCUGAUUGUUCCUGAUUGAGCCUUUUCCUCAAGUGCCAAUUAUUUUGUUUUCCUCGGGCUGUGCUCUCACCGACUCUCAUUAUUUUUUCUCUGCCACUUGAAUAUUCUUAAGCGACUGUUCAAACAGGAAACAGUAUUUUUUUGCAGUAUGAUCCGUGCCCACUUCCUCAUAAUGCACACGUAAGGAGCUGCCAAGCAAGUGGGCGGACUCCGAUAAUGUGGUAUUUUUGAACUAAUCAAUGCAAAGAGCCACAAAGUCAAAUGCAGAUAGAGCGACAUCCAAAGGAAGCAAGUGGCACAUCUACGGUAUGUAGAAGAUAUGUUAUAGUGGCGAUAGACAGCAGAGAAGGCGGGGUUCUAAUAACUAAUCUUCCUUUUCAGAUGCUCUGUGCUUUUUUUUUAGUGAUGUGACAUUUUAGCAAGUUCCCUCCAAGCUGCAGUCGCAGCCGUCUUCGCCUCAGCCUCGAUGCUCGUCGCCCUCCGUGCCCUCCAGUAAGCUCAUCUCGCCCUCACAGAAACACAGCAAGAAAGCUCUGAAGCAGGCCUUGAAGCAGCAGCAGCAGAGAAACCAGCGCAGACAGGUGGGGAUGCCAACCACCUCCAGUCCCAGACUGCUCCUGAAAACCAUCAAAGACAUGGCUGACAACAUAACUACAAAGGCUGCAGACUUAGGCCAUCCGGUCGUACCGAGGAAGGUUCCACAGAGGGCAGGUCGCCUCAGUGCAGGGCAGAUCAAACGUACCAAGUGCACCAUCGACGUGGAGACUCCAGACUCGAUCCUGGUGAACACCAACCUGCGGGCCAUCAUCAACAAGCACACCUUCUCUGUCCUGUCCUCCGACUGCCAGCAGAGGCUGCUCAAACUUCUGCCUGAAGUUGACCGGCAGGCUUGUAUGGACGGACUUCUCAAGGUCACUAGUUCUGCAUUAAACAACGAGUUCUUCACAUCAGCGGCUCAGUCUUGGAAGGAGAGACUGUCUGAGGGAGAAUUCACGCCGGAGUUGCAGCUACGAAUGCGUCAAGAAGUGGAGAAGGAAAAGAAAGUCGAGCUCUGGAAGGAGGCCUUCUUCGAAAACUAUUACGGUGAAAGUUCUGGGCUCAGCUAUGAAGAAUCCAAAGAGCUGACGAAGGCUGAUCAGAAUCAGGCGUCUGCCAGGCCCCAGCCCCCCCCCCAUCAGACAAGACUGGCCACUCAGGCAUCAGAGGAAGCCAAGGGCAGAAAGGAGAGCAGCCAGACCGAUGCUGCUGCUAAAGACGUGAAGACAACACGGGCAUCGUCGCUGGAGCCUCAGAAAGCAUCGCCCGCUGCCAGAGAGCCAGUGGCCGCCACAGAGCCCAUGAAGACCCGGCGCUCCCAGUACGCGGAGGAGCGGAGGUUGAGCGCCACGGCACAGACGGAGACAACACCUGCAGUGAGAACACCUGCAGCCGAGAGUCGGACUGAGAGGAGAGCGGUGGCUGCGCUGCCUGAGAAGGAGCCUAAAGAAGAAGUGAAGGAGGAGAAACCCAAUCUCCCCCCGUCACCUGUGAAGAAGAGCCCUCCCCCGCCAAAGGGCAGUUCAGAGCUAAAGCAGGAUCCACCGGUGGAUCAACCGAUGGCUGUGGUUAAACCUGCCGAGAGCGAAGAGGUCCUCCCGGAGCCCGGUGGCCCCGCGGAGCCGCUGAAAAGAAAAUCUGUCAGUGAGACGGAGGCUGAGCUGACACCAGAGAAAAGACCACGGAUGUCCUCAGUGUCCUCCGUGUCUUCGGUCUCCUCCGUCUCCCCGUCAGCAUCGUCCAUAUCCAGCCCUGCGACACCGACGGCAUCGACCAAUCCGAGGGUUCCACCACUCAAGAUCCAAGUGUCCAGACUCCUUUCCGUUCCUGUGUCCCCCAGCCAGGUCUCACCCCGGACCCCGGUCCCCGCCCCGCUCAGCAGCCCGGGCCGCACUGGUGCUCGCACUCUGGCGGACAUCAAAGCCAAAGCUCAGCUGGCCCGAGCACAGCGAACAGCAGCCGCCGCGGUGUCGUCUGCGUCGAAGGGAGCGGUGCCAGGCCCGGGGCCGGGAGGAGGCAGUGGUGAGCAGACGCAUCCUUCACCCAGGUCCUGCCCAACAUCCCCACAGACACCAACCAGGUUACAAUCCACCUCCACCCCCGGCCAUCAGAGCAGUCCUCCUCCUUCUCGACCACAGGACUCCUUUACUCACAUUAGCCCAAACGCGUCUCACACAUCUCAUUCGAACAAACCUCAAAAUACUUCAACACAAUCUUUAUCUGUGCAACCCAAGGGACCGGAGAACCCAGCUCCUGGUGGAUCCUCAACCAGGACCAGCUCCUGCAUCCCGGCCAACAACCCACUGGUCACUCAGCUCCUGCAGGGCAAAGAGGUUCCGUUGGAGCAAAUCCUCCCGAAGCCACUGUCCAGGGUGGAAGUGGAGAUGGCCAACUUACCCUCUGGGAGUAAGGGGAAGACGUCCCACUCUGCUGAGCACAGGGCUGAUGUGCACAUGUCCCACCAGUUCAACACAGCAGCACGAGCUGGAGUGUUCUCUGAAUACUCGAGACAUCACAGGGAGCUUCCUGACAAGGAGACUCAGGAACAGAUCCUCCAGGCGCUGAUGCAGAGGAAGGUCCAGCAGCCCCAGCCCUAUGGAGUGUUGGGGCCUCAGUUCAAGGCCCAUCCACUGGUGCAUGCAGAGGAUCAUCAGGCCAGGAUCUGCGUUGGCUUUUUGGGUCGUAAGAGGAUUCCCAGGCCCGCCAUGACAGGACACUACCUGCUCAACGUGUCCACGUACGGCCGAGGACCAGAGAGUAAACGACUGCAUCAGUCUGCCAUCCCCAACACGUCUGUGUUCGGUUUAAAAAGUGAAAACCUCGAAGUAGAGCCGGUGCUGAAGGAAGAAGAACCAGUCAGGAAAGUUUUCUCUCCUGUUCCCGGGAUUAAAACGGAGCCGCAGGGAGUCACGUCAACCGAGGCAGGAGAAGCAGCGAGUUUUCCACAUGUGAAAACUGAGCCUGGAUCAGAGGACGGUGCAGCUGCUUCCGACCACAGCAGCACCAGUGAGACAGCCAAAGACACCAGUCCCUUUCCCCAGUCCCACCGAAGGCACCUCCAGCUCUGCAGUAGUAAUCAAGGAAACUCCGAGCCAUAUCUCACCCAAGUGGACGCCGGUCACCAGCAGCCGCCGGCCUUCCAAACCCAGAGGACGCUCGAUCACCAGGAACCUGUUUCGUGCUUCGGUGGCACGAUCAGCAUGUCCGUACCUCACACUCUGAACCGUGACCCCCCCGGCACCUGCUCCUCCACGUCCCCGUCCGAGGCCGACGGCAGCGGCGUCCACGGCAGCGUCAUGUCCUUCUCAGUGACCGUCACCACCAUACCCGCCGGUCACCCGCUAGACCACAGCGGCCAGGGCGAGCCCUCGCCUGAGCAGUCCUUCAUCGAGGGCUCCAACAUGGAGGAGGUGCAGUCUAAAUGUUACUGCCGCCUGAAGGCCAUGAUCAUGUGCAAAGGCUGCGGCGCCUUCUGCCAUGACGACUGCAUCGGCCCCUCCAACCUGUGCGUCUCGUGUUUAGUGGUUCGAUGACCUGAAGCUGAACCUGAGGCGGUUCAUACAGGAUCGGUGCAGAACGGGAUGAAGCAUGUUCGCCACGCUCCAGAGAAAACAGCCAGCACGUGUGUGCGUGUGAGUGUGUGUGAGCGUGUGUGUGUAUGUGUGUGUGUAUGUGCGUGUGUGUGAGCGUGUGUGUGGUCGCUGUUGGAAAGCUAAGGAUUUACACUGGAUGGUCUUUUGUUUCACCAACGUCUGAGAGAAGUUGUUUUGUGCAAUCGUUUGUGUAGAAAGGUCGAAUCAGUUUCCAAUCAGAUGAGUAAAGUGUCAGAUGUGUGACAAAGAUACAAUCUGGCAAUGUUUGCACUUGGCUAGGAUAUAAUAUAUAUAUAUAUAUAUAUAUAUAUAUAUACAUAUAUUUAUAUGUAUAUGUGUGUGUGUAGUUUCUAAAAAAGGAGGGAAAAUGAAUGUUGAUAUUUUUGUAGAACGUAAUGACUGUUGUGUGUUAGACUUACACUUUUUAUUAUUAUUACUAUUGGACCUAAUCAGUCGCGAUUAAAAGGCAAAAAAAAGGGCGCUUAUGAUAAUCAUGGGUUGUAGAGAAACUCCUAUUCGGCAUUUCUGCACGCAUGGCAGGGAAGUGCAACUUACAGUAACUAUUUUUAUUAUAAAAACUCUACAUUUAGUACUGAACACACUCAGAUUCAGAACGUGUAUAGUUUUAGAUGGAGAAUAUUAAUAAUAUGGAAUUUUUUUGAACGGUGACUUUAUAAGAAUCAACGAUCGCGUUGUUUUUAACUGCUGAAGGUUGAAGCACUUGAAAACCACCUGGAGACGAGAGGAUGACUGUGUACAGCACUUAAAUCCAAACACACGGAAGAAGAAGAAUCAUUUAUAUAAAUAUAUAUAUAUAUAUGUUUUAAAAAAAAACGUUUUUACAAAUCAAGUCUUUUCCAUUCAUGGUUGAGAUGUGACGUCACUUCCUAUCGUAUGAACCUGCUUUUAUUUUUACCCCGAAACGUGUGUAGAUAUCGUCUGGAUAUGGGUUUCCUCGUGCUUGUGUGUGUCUGUACACAUGGAUCAGCAGUGGCAAAGUAAAACACUCGACAGCGGGGGGGUUGUUCACUGUACAUAUUUGCUCAUGUAUGAUAUAUAUACACCUAGAUGUAGAAAGAUUUUAUUUUAUCGGUGCAGUACACUUCGCUCGAGCAUAUCCAGCUUGUUUAUUUACAAAAAAUGAUUUUCACUGUGGAAAACUGAGAGGGAGAAAAAUAAGUAAAUUGUGCUAAAAUGCUUUAUUCUGACCCGAGUCAGCGCAGCACGUUUUGAGAGGAAUAAUUUGGACGUGACACCGACUAACAGGAAGGUGCGACGUUUCAAACGUCCUCUUUCCUGCAAACGGAGGCCGUGUUAAUGUGGUUUAAUGAAGUGUUACAAGCACACAAUGAUGCUGUGUCACGCACAAUGUGUGUGGUGUACAACAGUGAACCAGCACGUGCUUUAUGAUCGUGUCAACACAACAAACCCAUUAAUGUGCAGGAAGGCCAGUGUGAAGUGUUCCUGCCGCAGGUUUUUUCCGGGUGCUUGUUUUUACUGAAAUUUAAAAUGCAUCAUUUAUAUUUCAGUGAUGCAAAGUAAUCUUUUUUUAUAGUAAUCAUUUCCAAGGUAAUAUGCCAAAGUCACCUUAAGAAAACAAAAAAAUAAUCCGAACUUGUUUUUAAUGUCUGACUAGUUAAUCAAAGUAAUAUAUUUUAAUUAAUAUAUUUUAAUAUAAAUAAAAAAAAUCUAUUUGCUAAUUGUUUUUGACAAAUCAACAGGGUAUUUACUAUAAUAAUAUUAAUAAUAAUAUAUUGGCUGUACGCUUUUUCCAAUAAUCUAGUGGUGAGCGGACAGACCCCCGGACAGAGACUCGCUCUGACCCAAGUUUUUAAACACAUCCAUUCAUUCUGUGUAUUUUUCCAUAGAGGAGUCGUCCAAUGUGUUGUAGUCAUCUACCUUUGUGUCAUCACCCAAUGAAAACAAAAUGUGUGUAGCUCAAAGCACAAUCUUUAGUUGAGUGGAUUAAUCCCAGAUCAAUAUUUGAUGGUCUCUGGUAUAAAGGAGUUGGAGUUGUGUUGUUGGUAGAGAAGUUGGUUUCCAGAUGGUAGAGCUAGAAUCUGGAGAAGUUUCCACUGAUGUAGUUUAGUCACGUCACUAAAAAUAAACUGAUUCUGCUAACACAAAGCUAAUUCACUAUCCCCCUCUUUGAAUAGUUAGGUCUUCGCUUGGUGGAACGUGAUGGUAGAAAAGUGUGUGUGUGUGUGUGUGUGUGUGUGGGGGGGGGGACGACUGUGACAAUAAAGUUAACGAAGAUAUUCAAACUUAGCAGAAACGGCAGCUCACAUCUCUGAUAAUGACUGAAACAUGAAACAUGACCCAGGAGCAGUCCUCCUCCUCCUCUUCCACCUCCUCCUCCUCCUCAAGGUCACUGUCAAACUCACCUGUGUGUGUGUGUCUGUGUGUGUGUGUGUGUGCACCUAGAAGCUACCAUCACCGUUUAUUUUUUAAAAUGUCACGUUCGUCACUACAGGUGAAUUUGUAAUUUUUUUUUUUAAACGUGUCUCGUGUCAUUUUGUCUCCAUUUUAAACUCUGGUUGAAUGUAAUAUAGUAAUCAUCACUUGUAAGCAAAGUGUAUUUUAUCAAAAGUUAUAGACUAUUAUGAAUAAAUAAUGAAGAGAAAAGCA